UGAGUUACCUGUCAGAGGUGCUCAGUACCAGCCACAUUGCAUUUUACUGAGAGGGACAGAGAGGGGGAAAGAGCGCUGGAAGAAUGACGGAAGAAGUUAAAAUGUCUUUUUUUAAGAGCGUGGCGCUCAAGAUCGAGAGCAACAACACUGAACACCACACCAAUGAAAUCACAAACAAGGAGCUGAUCGUGAGACGAGGCCAACCCUUCACUGUGGUCCUUAAACUGACAGAAGCCUUCAACGACCGUCACCCGCUCACAGUUGUUGCAAUGACUGGUUUUCAGCCGUCUGAAGAACGUGGGACAAUUUCGUUCUUUGGUAUCCCAGACAAUGUGCCGCGUUCACCAUCAGCAAAGGCGGUGUGGAAGAUGCAGCUUAAAAAGGAGUCCACCCCAAAAAAGGGCAUCUUGCAUCUGGCCAUUACUCCAGCAGCUGACACUCCCAUAGGAGAUUUUAUACUGACCAUAAAAUACAAGGACGAAGAAACAUUGCUGGCGAUGAACACGGUGCUUUUUAACCCCUGGUGUGCUGAGGACUCAGUGUUUCUCCCUCUUGAGGAGGAAAGAGAGGAGUAUGUCAUGAACGAACAGGGGAUCGUCUACAGAGGAAGUGCAAUGUACCACUCUCCGCUUUCCUGGGACUUUGGACAGUUUGAAGAUGACAUGGUGCGGAUUUGUAUGAAGAUUUUGGACCUCAGCGUCAAACACAUUGAAGACCCAGCUGCCGAUCGUGGCAAUCGUUGUGAUCCUAUCUACGUCAGUCGUGUGGUCAGCGCCAUGAUUAACUCUGUAGAUGAUAAGGGCGUCCUGGAAGGAAACUGGGGUUCUUCAUUUGUGGGCGGUUUCUCACCCUCUCACUGGAAUGGCAGCCAUGCCAUCCUUAAGGGAUGGUUAAAUAGGAACUGCCACCCAGUCAAGUACGGCCAGUGCUGGGUGUUUGCUGCAGUAAUGUGUUCAGUGAUGCGUCUUCUGGGCAUCCCCUGCCGCGUUGUCACCAACUUCGAGUCGGCCCAUGACACCAACAAGAACCUGAUCAUCGACACAUACCACGCCGACUAUGGUGUUGCAGAGAAAGAUUCCCCUGACAGUGUUUGGAAUUUCCAUGUGUGGGUGGAGGGGUGGAUGAAACGUCCAGACCUGGCAGAAGAUGGGAAAUAUGAUGGCUGGCAAGUUGUGGAUCCAACACCACAGGAGGCGAGCGACGGCUUGUACUGCUGUGGUCCAGCCUCAGUGAAGGCCAUCCGGAAAGGAUUCGUUGACCUUAAAUAUGAUGCCCCGUUUGUCUACGCUGAAGUUAAUGCAGACUGUAUUGACUGGCUGGUCAAAGCUGACGGAUCAAAAAAAAAUAUCUUCUCUGAUACCAAAAGAGUCGGCGCUGCCAUGGUCACCAAGUGUGUCGGCAGCGACAAGAAGAAAUACAUCACAAAGAGAUACAAGUUCAAAGAGGGAUCAAAGAAGGAGAGAGCUGCCUUCAAGUACGCCGUCCUCGAGUUAGAGGAGGGUGACGAGGUUGAGGAGGACAGUGAGGAAGAUGAGGAAGAUACCUCUGGAGGUACAAAUGAAGAAACCCCAGAUGUCAUUAUUCCACCAUCCCCAAUGACCAUGCGAUUUGAAGAGGUAGCCAAGCCGAAGAAUGGUGAGGACGUGAACCUGAGUUUGGUGCUCCACAGCGAGAGCAGUGUUGCCAGGCCACUGUCGAUCGCAAUCAGUGUUCAGGUCAUGAGACACAACGGUACACCAGCUGUGAACCUCCAGAAGGACGUAAAGGAAGUGACACUGCAGCCUGGGAAAGAACUCACCAUUCCUAUCCUGAUUCCGUUCUUGACCUACCACAAACCGAUGUUGGAGGGUGAAAGCAUGAAGGUUUCAGCUAUGGUCACAGACCUGAAAGAGCCAGACAAUGUUUACCUGGCUGAAUACGACAUUGUCCUGAUCGAACCUUCCAUCACCAUCCAAGUGGGUUCCGGUGAGGGCAAAUUGCACAAAACUGUAAAAGUGGACGUCCUUUUCAAGAACCCUGUAAACGAGAGACUGACGGACUGCACACUGACUCUGUCAGGGAGUGGACUAUUAAGAGACGAGUCUAUAAGCAAGCUUCCAGACCUUCCUCCUAAAUGCCAGUUUCGUAUCGGAGUCACCUUCAUUCCCUACAGGAAGGGAAAGAAGACUCUCCUGGUCGACUUGGACUGCAAGACCUUCAGAGACAUCAAGGGCACCUGCACUGUCAACGUCACUGACUAGACAUCAGUGUCGCUGAGCAACAAUCUGAAACAAAACAUCAAUUGCAUAGCUUUCUUUCUUUAAUGCUCACAUUUGAAACAAUUUAGUUUACGUUGGGGAUACAUGCAUGCAAAAUCUCAUGAUUCAGCUUUUAUUCUUGGGCUCACGAUUUGUUUUUUUUUUUAAUCCAAAACAUGAUCAAAUGGCUACCAUCAUUGAAUUAGUUUCUCUGUGCCUCUUUGCUAGAGUGGUCCCUGAUGGCACCACAACACUGCCACUCCAUCUACAGCUUUGAUGACUUUAACAUGCCAAGACAUUACAGGAAUUAUGAAUUGAUCCUUUGGAAUUUAAGAUUCAUUUAUGACUCCGUGAAAAUACAUGUGAAUCCAAAUAAUGUGAAUCGCUUUUUUAGUUUAGUUCAGUGUUGAGUUUUGAAACGCACCUGCAUAUGGUUUGACGACUUCAGAAACCUUACAACUUGUGCAUGCAUAUGAACUCGUACGUGGUGCAUACAACAUGACAUGUGUUCAUAAAAAGUCUGAGUUUGAACCCAUGUUUUCAUACAUGAAUUAAAUGAAAACAACCCUGUCAUACUCUUCACUGAUCUCACCCCAGCUUCUCAGAACACAGCGAGCUCUGCUGGACACACAGUGUAGUGCAGUUGCAGUCAGAAUUUGAACUGAUCUCCAUUCUCCAAAAUAGAAACCAAAAUCGCUAGUGCUCUAUCUCUCUUGUGGUGCAUUUAGGGCUGUGGAAAAUGUGAGCUCUUCUCACAGCUUUUUGGUGGUAAAUGGUAGUUUCUAACGAGAUUGACUUCAUUGUUCAACUGAUCUGUUUUUAUUCAUUUUUAACAUUUUAUUUUAUGUUGCUGGGGGUUUUCUUUUUUAACUCAUCACUCUGAAUUUGAUGUGGGUCUUUCCCCUUUGAAAAACCUCUUUAAUUCUGUUGUAUUGAGUACUACCAGGGAUGGUAUUAGAAAUUAGAAACUACAGGGAUGUGAAUGAUGACCAGGUCUCUAUGAUUCUGUGUCUCUAUGAAAUGAGUGUGAAUGUAAUCGUCAUAAAAUGCCAAAAAAAUAAAUAAAACUGGUGACAGCUGCAUUUAAACUACA